AAUAAAAGGAAAAUGAUGGUUUACUUUGUUUCUGAACUUGCUCUUAUUAAAAGUCCAAAUCUUUUUCUAAAAAGGUUUCUGGGUUUUGUUUUUCAGUUUUAUGUUUGAUUCUUUGAUUUGAAGAGACGGUGCAUGGUCUAAUUUUCAAUUGGGUGGCCGUGCCUGCAAAUAUUUCUGUCUCUUAAUGUUCUCAUCUCAUGUUAGAACAUUAGAUUAUGCAGAUUGCAGAGUAUACCAGGAUCAUUAUGACUUGUGGCUGCUUUGGAGCCAAAUCUGCUAAGAAAAGACGCUCUUCUAAUGCUGCUGGCGAGAUUGAUGGUUAUCCCCUUGAUAAUGUUAGGCAAUUUUCUGAUAGAGAACUGAGAUUGGCAACUGAUAAUUACCACUCAAACAAUAAGAUAGGACGAGGAGGUUUUGGAACAGUUUACCAGGGAACCUUAAAAGAUGGAAGACGUAUAGCAGUGAAGACUCUCUCAUUUUGGUCAAAGCAGGGAGUUCGAGAAUUUUUGACUGAAAUUAAAACUUUGUCAAAUGUUAAACAUCCAAAUCUUGUUGAAUUGAUUGGAUUCUGCAUCCAAGGACCCAGUCGUACAUUAGUCUACGAGUAUGUGGAAAAUGGGAGCCUUAACAGUGCACUACUUGGCACAAGGAAUGAAAACAUUAAACUAGACUGGAGAAAAAGAUCUGCCAUCUGUGUAGGUACUGCUAAGGGUCUUGCUUUUCUUCAUGAAGAACUUUCACCACCAAUAGUGCACAGAGACAUCAAAGCUAGUAAUGUACUACUUGACAAAAAUUUCAAUCCCAAAAUAGGUGAUUUUGGGUUGGCUAAAUUAUUUCCAGACGGUAUCACUCACGUUAGCACAAGAAUUGCUGGAACAACUGGUUACUUAGCACCAGAAUAUGCAAUAGGUGGUCAGUUAACCAAGAAGGCUGAUAUAUACAGCUUUGGGGUUCUUAUACUUGAAAUAGUUAGUGGCAGAAGCAGUGCCAGGAGGACAAACGAGACAAACGGAGAAGGAUCACCCAAAUUCCUCUUGGAAUGGGCCUGGCAACUUUAUGAGGAGGGGAAAUUGUUGGAGUUUGUAGAUCCAGAAAUGGAAGAGUUUCCUGAGGAAGAGGUACUGAGAUACAUGAAGGUUGCACUUUUCUGCACACAGUCAGCAGCAGGUAGAAGGCCUUUGAUGAUACAAGUUGUUAAUAUGCUAUCUAAGGCAAUCCAACUCAAUGAGAAAGAACUUACAGCACCAGGAUUAUUCACAGAUGAAAGAGAAUCUUCUAAUAGGAACUCACAACCUGUUCCUUUUAUUACCUCUACUCAUCUUGCUAUUACUCAGGUCACCCCACGAUGAUGUGUAUUGCAGAGUUGCAAAUUUAGUAAAAAAAAGUAGUACUUUUUUGUUUUUUAAAUAUUGUUUGAUUGUCUUUUUCUUUUUCAAUUUAGGUAUCAAAAAAUAUAACCUGGCAUGAAAGCAAUUUCUUGCUAGUGCAUGUUGAAACCUGUAGAGUAUGUCUGGUUAUCUUGGAUUAUUUCUGUUGAUUAUGUGUUCAUGUGAA